AUGUCGGAAAUUACCGAGAUCCUCAGCUUGUCACGCUUGCCUGGGCUGCCUGAGGUAGCAAGCGACUUACACAGCAUUCACUGUCAAAGGCUCUGUGGUCUUCUUGAUCCUGAUCUACAGUCGAAAGGCGUACCAACUAGCGAAGUCCUGCGAGCCAAAUGUCAAAAAUUGGAAGAUCCAGUGGAUCAGUCUGCGCUUCAAUCGACCUUUGGCACCAGAGAUGGCGGGCUACCCACUUUUCGGUCUUUCAUCAACGACCUCCGCGAAUCGAAACAUAGCUGCAUACAAGGCUCAGCCUUCGCGCCCGCUUGCAAGAGCGUGAUAGAGCUCCUAGAUCGUACUGAACCAGCCGAUAUCGACCCAGACGACUUGCACACCGUGUUGGCAGCGUUGUGGGAAGAGGCUGAGAUUCGCGACUUCAUCAGACCAUUUGCUAUGCAACUACCUUCCCUACUAUUCCAUCCGAAAUGCAUAUAUGUCAGUGUUGAGGAGGGUUUGAAUCACUUUCCUAAUUGGUGCGACAUUAAUACUCUGCUCUCGAGAGCCAUGAAACGACUUACGAAGCUAUCCAAGGGACGGUCCUACAUUCUUGCAGUACUUGCUCGAUCGCUACGCAAAGCUGUGUUUGCACACCCAAGUGCAAUCAGAUCAACGCGGGGAGGCCUCCCCUUCGACGACUACAUUAUUGAUUUCAUCAAUAAUCCAGCAUCCAUCGGAACAGAGUUUUUGUUUGAGGUUGUCGCUGCCGACAAGCUUCAGCAAUACUUGCCGCAUCGAACAUAUGCAUCCUACUACGGUAUGCGAGAAUGGCAUGCAUACGCAACUGUCAUAGAUAUCCUACACCGUAUCCCGAAUGACCCAUAUAUCUCAUAUGCAGAGACUGCUCAGAAUAUACUGGAUGAGUUGGAAUUACCCUGGGGGGAUCAGAAACCACCAGUCGCAGUCAAAUGUCCAUGGAAGAACACUUUUCAACUGCAGGCAAUGCUAUUGAUGAGUCACUACUGUGCCGAUGACAUAGUGGUGGAGAGUCAUCUCGAUUAUUUCACUCGUGCCUUAGUGGUAGAAUCAUGGCCACGAUACCGCUACCUGCUCGAAUGGGCCAUAGCUCGCAUUUACCGUCGAUUCCCGGAAUUCACUCAGCGCAUCUUGAUAGAGCUAGGAAAUCUGGAAGAGUAUAGCCCGAUUCAUAUCGCCAGUCUGAUGAAGAUUGGUCUUCUAGUCGCGCCAUACGAAACUCAAGACUUUGCAGUAGAGUUCAUCACACACCUGAACUCCUACUCUGCCAGCCCCAAAGUCCAGAUCCGCCACGAAGCAAACUUUGCGUUUCCCAUCGUGUUUGACAUAGCUGUUGAGAAGGGCUGGAGGAGGAUUACCGAGAAUCCCGCUUUCAAAGGCAUGAACGCUUUCAUCCGCCGGCUGGACAAGUUCAACGCUUCUCCCUGGACGAUAAGAACCCUGAAGGUCGAUAUUGAACAGGAUUUUACCCUUACAGGCAUCUUCCAAGGCCGAUACCUGUCGAUCGAGACACCAGAACCAGAGCUCGUCACACAUGAAGACUUCGAGGCUCUCGAGCGUGAUGAUCAGUCAGAUGGGUUCAACCCGCCACCUGCACGCAUAGCACUUGGAAACAAGAUCAAACCCAGCUUUGACGUCGUUACACCAGCUACAACUGCCCCGGUACCCACCACCACCACCACCACCACCACAGAACCGACCGGCCAAAUCACCCUCCAAACCAAAGCCGGUAUUGACCUCGACAACCUUCACCCACCUGGCGGCCCACCAAGCAUGCAAAAUGCCCGUCCCGCAUCCGUCAUGCUCGUUGCCUCUCUCAUUGACAAUCCGACAAACCUCGGUGGUCUCUCCCGCAUAUCCGAGUCUUUUGGUCUCGAAGCCCUUUACAUUGACGACCUCAAGAAGGUUGCGCACAAAGACUUCAAGGCUACCAGUGUGCGAUCGGAGAAACAUCUUGCUAUCAAUGAGUUGAAGGAGGUUGGCAUACCGGCGUUCUUACUCGAUGCCAAGAGUAAGGGGUACGAGGUUGUGGGCAUUGAGCAGACGGAUCGCAGCGGCAUAUUAGGGACUGAGGAUGGUAAGAAUGAUGUUGUGGAUGAAGGGACGAUUAGGAAAGAGGCCAGAAGUCAGGAUAUUGGUACACUACCCAAGAAGUGCUGUCUUGUGCUGGGUAGUGAGAAGGAAGGUAUCUCCGCGGAGGUGCUGGCCGUCAUCGAUCGCAAUGUCGAGAUCAAGACUGUGGGAGUAACUAGGAGCUUGAACGUUCAAACUGCGGGUGGUAUCGCACUCUACGAGUGGUGGAGAGAAUGGGGCAACAGCAAGGCUUGA